GGGCGUGGCCUACGUUCAGUCCUUUCGAUGCAGGCUAGUAUCUGUUAGCUAGCUACGCAACUUAGCUAGCUAUCCGAAAUCUAACGUUAGCAAUACUGUCAUGGUAAAAAACGCUAUCAAAAACAUACAGCGUUAAUUAGAUAGGUUGAUAAAAAGUAGAGUCAACAUAACAACCACGAUCCGACAGUGAUAUAACAGACUUUCUAAGUUUCCUGUUGUUUUUUUUGUGGCUGGGAGCACCAUGGAGGAGCAAGAAAAUAAUAUGAUAGAUGUCACUGUGAAAACUCUGGACUCUCAGAGCAGGAGCUAUACUGUGAGAGCUCAGAUCACUGUGAAGGAGUUUAAAGAGCAUAUAUCUCCCUCAGUGGGAAUACCUGUUGACAAACAGAGGCUGAUCUACCAGGGACGAGUGCUUCAGGAUGAGAAAACUCUGGCAGAAUACAAUGUAAAUGGUAAAGUCAUUCACCUGGUGGAGCGAGCCCCACCCCAGACGACUCAGGCAGGAUCAGGCUCAGGAGGAGUACCUGGGACUUCAGGAGCCUCACAGACCGGAAACACCACAACUCCUCAGGCCAUGCCUCACGGAGCCACACAUGAUCGCAAUGCUAAUAGCUAUGUGAUGCUUGGUACCGUUAAUCUCCCAGUGAAUGUGAUGGACCCUCAGCAGAUUCAGAUGUCUAUCCAGCAGAUAAUGGCGGGCCUCGGGGAGGGCGUUCGGAAUACGCGAGUCAGCAGCAGUAAUGGGAACAAUGGCUCAGUGAAUGUGAAUGUUGAUAUGGAUCAGACACUGCAAAGUGAACCCAGGCUGCGGCUACUCCUGGCUGAAAAUUUGCUGCGAGACACCAUUGCCCUGAUUCAGAGACUGGAGGGAGAGCCCAUGGAUGGUUCUUCAGCUCAGAAUUCUGCUCCUCCACCUUCUUCAUCCACCUCUACACCAUCUCCUCCCGUGCAGCCCAUGGACACGUCCCCUCCUCCACACAGCUCACCUCCAUCAUCCUCUACCUCCACUCAGACUGACAAUGCACCUCCUCCUCCUCCUCCUUCAGGCCCCAACCACCCGAGCCCUGCGGAACUGGUCGAGAUGUUAGGAGAGCUAAGAAGAGUAGAAGAGAGGCUUCAACCAUUCAUCCAAAGAGCUCACUCCAUCCUGGAGGCAGCCACCACUGCUGAUUAUAACAAUAAUACACAGGAGAGAGAGGAGGACCAGCAUGUUCUAAAUCUGGUGGGAGAAGCUCUUCGGCUCUUAGGGAAUGCUCUGGUUGCCCUGAGUGAUCUACGCUGUAAUCUGUCGAGUGCGCCUCCUCGUCACCUGCAUGUGAUCCGGCCCAUGUCUCACUACACUUCCUCUGUUCUGCCACCAGGUGGCAUGCAUCACAUGCCCAUACAGGUUAAUUUGGGGACCACAGUGACUAUGUCAACUAAUGGCAGACCAGCAGCUGAAAGUCAGCCUCAACCUGCUGAACAAUCAGAACAACCAGGCCAGGGACAAACGCCCACCCCACAGCCAGGUAUGGCCAAUCAACAGACUGGACAGCCAGGGCCCAGAGUCAUACGAAUAAGCCAUCAAACUAUGGAGCCAGUGGUGAUGAUGCAGAUUAACAUUGAUGAUAAUGGAAGCAAUGCCCAGCCCACUGGACAGCAGAAUGCUGCUGGUACUGGACAGCCUGGUUCCACUCCUAUACAGAUACCUGGCUUACCUCCAGAAUUUAUGCAAGCGAUUGUAAAUCAAGUUACUCAACAAGCUAUGGCCAUGGCAAAUGCUGCUGCUGCUGCUGGUCAACAUACCCCAAACACUGGCAGUACAGGCUCUGCCCCUGCUGGUACAGGCUCCACACCUGCCGGUACAGGCCCUGCCCCUGCCAGUACAGGCCCUGCCCCUGCCAGUACAGGACCCACCCCUACCGGUACAGGCCCCACCCCUAGUAGUACAGGCCCCACUCCUGCCAGUACAGGUCCUGCCCCUGCCAGUUCAGGCCCUACCCCAGCGGGUACAGGCCCUACUCCCCCUCCCUUUCCCCCUCACCCACAUCAAGCUAGGUUUGUAUUCACCAUGCCUUCCUUUCCUAACCGCAUGGCAAAUCCUUCCUUUACCACCAGAGGAACAACCAUCAAUGUGCGAACUGCUGUUCCUCCUAUGAUGGGCCAGCAUCAAGGCCAGGCUACACCAAUGAAUCCAGCUGCUAUUAAUCAAAUGAUUAGUGGAAUGAUGGGACAGCUCUUGACAGGGGUUUCAGGCCAGAUGCCCACUGAGGCCACUACCUCCUCUUCCUCUUCCUCCUCUUCCUCCUCCUCCUCCUCAUCAUCAUCCUCACACACAUUCACAUUUUCCACCUCUUCUUCCUCCUCAUCAUCUUCCUCAUCCUCAUCCUCAUCCUUUACCCCAACAUCAGUACCUACCACCAGUGCCUCAGGACCCACACACUCCACAAGCACCACUGCAAGCAGUGCUCCCCAGCCUGGACCUUCCCCCACACCUGCACAAGGGCCUCCCCUUGUGGGCAACUUGGACCAGCUUCUAGGCUCUGUCCUAGGAGGGGUCGCUGCUGCUGGCCAGGCUCCAGGAGCAAAUCCUUCUGUUACUGUGACAAUGCCAGGAAUACCUGCCUUUAUUCAAGGAGUCACUGACUUCAUACAGGCUUCACAACAGAGCCAUGUUCAGCCCCCUACAGCUCAACCAUCAGGCCCCACUCCUACUCCUCCAACUGCUGAACCACAGUCAGAGGCUGCAGGAGGUGCUGCAUCUGAAGAAGUCAUGAACACAGAGCUGUUCACUGGGAUAGUGCAGGGGGUCCUUUCCACUAUGAUGGGCUCCUUAGGUGCCCCACACAGCAACACUGAGAGCAUUGCUCAGUUCAUUCAGAGACUCUCCCAGACCAGCAACAUUUUCACCCCGAGUACAGGAGAAGCCAUGGGUUUCUUUGGCGACCUGUUGACCCUUGUGUGCCAGAACUUCUCUAUGGUGGACAUGGUGCUGCUGCUCCACGGUCAGUCUCAGCCACUGAGCCGUAUCCAGCCCCAGCUAGCCCAAUUCUUCUCAGAACACUAUCUGCAGGGAAGAGAACCCUCUGAAGCCAACAUAGCAGCAGCUGCUGAUAAUCUAAUCGGGGAACUAGAUGAAUACAUCACAGAGAGUUUUUCAUCCGUUACAGUACGGGAUGGAGUGGACAUCACCCAGACAAACCGAUCAUUUCUUAGACAGCAGCUUAUAGACAUUGCUACACACAUUCUGCAAUGCACAGAUCACACGUUUGGACCACGCUUGCUGCAGCUGUGUAACCGUGCACUGUUCGAGUGUCUGGCCCUCAAUCUUUACUGCCUGAGAGGAGAGCAAGGCGCCCUUACAGCAGUCAUCAAUAACCGCAUCAGGACCAUGUCUGCAGAGGUGAACCCUAGUAUAGUGAGCUGGUUGACCAGUAUGAUGACGAUGAGACUGCAGGUCAUUUUGGAACAUAUCCCGGUCACGGAGGAUCAAAUCCUGCAUUAUGUUGUCCACACUCAAGGUGAAGAGGCAAGAGAGGCACAUGAGUCAGAGAGUCAUCCGAUGGAGAUGGAUGAAACACUGUCUCCCACUCCAGCUACCACAGCAGAGGAGGCAAUGGUAAGCUCACAGGAGGACGGGGCAGUUGGAGGUUCAGCUGGAGAGACAGGGGAAGCAGCAGGUGGAGAGGAACCUGGAGAAGAAGCUGAGGCUUGGGCAGCUGCCUUACCUCCUGAGUGGGUGCCCAUUAUCAGACAGGAUAUAAACAGCCAGCGGAAAAUGAAGGCCCAACCUCCUCUAUCUGAUGCAUAUCUGCAAGGGAUGCCUGCAAAGCGCAGAAAGACAGCACAGAGUGAUGGCCCCAGACUCACACUUUCUGAGGCAGUGAGCCAAGCAGCAAGAUCAGUUGGUGUCACACCUGUCACAUCACCCAGUGCCUUACAGGAAGACCUUGAGAGACCAGAACUUCAGGAGGCAUACCUACAACAGAUGAAAAAUGACAUCAAACAACGAGUAAGAGAAGACCCCAAUUUCAGCUCUAGAAGAUUUCCCAACACUCAUACGAUGUUCUCACCAGACUCAUAACCAGCAUACAUGUCUGUACCAUGGCCCUCCUUCCUCCGCUGCAUGUGUAUGCUCUUUCAUAUUUCUUUUUUAAUUAUUUCAGUUUAAACAAGAUCUACAAUUCUCCGAAGAUUUUACACCGUCUUAUUGCCUACGACUCUAGUAUUAAAUUAUUUAGACAAGACUGCAUCAUGGAUUAUCCAAGACCGGGUCUAUGAGUGUUUUGCUCCUCUUCGUGAAAAUCAUGCACAGCUGGAAGUUGGACAAAAACAAGGAGAAUGACAAAGAUAAUGUAAACCAUGUCACAGUGUAUAUGCCAGCUGUGACUCCUGAGGCAAGGCAGUGUCACGACAGGUGCAUUUCGUAGAUCCUGCAAUGGCACGAAGCUAAUUAAAAAUAUUUCGACAUUUUCCGCACAUUAGUCCUCACCUUCUUCUUGUGCCAAGAUCAUGAUCAGUGUAUGUUUCUAAACUAUAAUUUAAUAAUACUGAGCAUAACUUUUACUGGUAUUUAAGCAUACCUUGUUUAAUCUCAUGAAGUAUUAAAAAAAGCGAUAUUGCUACAAACGUCAUUUCAUAUAAACGGUAACCCUGAAGUUGAGCGCACAAGGAAUAAAAAAACUAUUAAAGUCACUAGUAACGUCUAAAUUUAUUAAUUCUAUAUAGAAGCAGUAUGUCCAUUAAUUAAUGAGAUGUAUUAAAACCCCAUUAUAUCUUUAACUUAUUUUAUUUUGUAUUUAAUGUCCUCGAUAAGGCUGAGAGGAUAAAUUCAGACGAAGAGUUCAUUCUUUAUUCUUAAUAUUCUCUGUUUCAGAUACUUAAACAUGCAUCCAUCUGAUCGCUGUAGUCUGUAAAGGGCUGAUUCAAACAUGUCCCAGCCAUCGCACAUGCUUUACCUUAGUAAACUGUUUAUACCAAAUCUACUGAAUCUGUAAUUACUGUGUUACUGAGUUUUUCUAAUAUAUGUAUAAUUUUCUAGCGCAAGUCUUUAACAGUCUUAGAGUUUGUUAAAUGUAUUGAGCCUUUAACAGAAACUCAUCACCAUGAAAAACAGUUCUAUAUCUUUUAGACCAACAUUCAGACAGAAGAUGUAUAUUCUCGCUGAUAUGAAGACAAGAUCAGUUCAAAUGUAGAAUCUGUAACACUGGAAUUGUACCCCAACACACACACACACACACACCUCCCCAAUUCUCUCUCUCUCUCGUUACAAUUUCAGCUUGCCUGCUGUGUCAUUCAGAAAAGAAAAAGCUAUUGAAUUUUGACAUUAUGUGAAAUGACAAAAAUUAAAUGGCUUUGCAAAGUAAGCAUAAAUUUGCUAUUCGUUUGCCAAUCUGAAGCCUGACACACACACACACACACAAUAUGGCCAAAAUUAAGUGGGCACCUGGCUAUCACACCCAUAUGUUCCCUUUUCAGUAGACUUUGGAGCAUGCCUAUAAGGUUUUUAUGAUCAUUCAGCCACAGAAACACGGUCAGAUCAUUCCAAAAGGUGAUCAGUAGGGUUUAGGUCAGGUUAGCUUUGUACAGGCUUCUCGAGUUCAACCUCAAUUGUGGCUACAGCAUACAAGGA